AUGAACGAAUGCUACUAUGAUAAGCGCAUGGACUUUUUCUAUAACAAGACAAACACUGACACAGUAGAUGAGUGGACAGGGCCAAAGCUUAUUGUUGUUCUGUGUUUUGGGACAUUUUUCUGCUUCUUCAUUUUCAUUUCAAAUUCAUUGGUCAUAGCAGCUGUGGUCAAGAACAAGAGAUUUCAUUUUCCCUUUUACUAUCUCCUGGCCAACUUAGCUGCUGCAGACUUUUUUGCUGGAAUUGCCUAUGUCUUCUUGAUGUUCAACACUGGCCCAGUGUCUAAGACAUUAACUGUUAACCGCUGGUUUUUGCGUCAGGGUCUUCUGGACACCAGCCUGACAGCUUCCCUGGUAAAUCUUCUUGUUAUAGCUGUUGAGCGGCACAUGUCAAUAAUGCGGAUGAAGAUCCACAGUAAUCUCACGAAGAAGAGAGUCACCUUUUUAAUUAUAUCAAUUUGGGCUAUUGCUAUUUUCAUGGGUGCUGUUCCUACCCUGGGUUGGAACUGCCUCUGUGACAUUACCGCCUGCUCAUCCCUGGCACCUAUUUACAGCAGAAGUUACCUGGUGUUCUGGAGUGUCUUAAACCUGGUCGUCUUCUUCAUUAUGGUGGUGGUUUACAUAAGAAUCUACAUGUACGUCCAGAGGAAAACUAAUGUCUUGUCGUCGCACACUAGUGGAUCCAUUAGCCGUAGGAGAACCCCUGUGAAGCUUAUGAAGACUGUCAUGACUCUUUUAGGUGCUUUUGUUGUCUGCUGGACCCCUGGCCUGGUCGUCUUACUGCUUGAUGGUCUGAACUGCACUUACUGUGGGAUUCAGAAUGUUAAAAGGUGGUUUCUUCUCCUGGCCCUGUUGAACUCUGUCAUGAAUCCAAUAAUUUAUUCAUACAAAGAUGAUGAAAUGUGGGGUACCAUGAAAAGGAUGAUUUGCUGCUCUUCUGAGGAUAAGAGCCAGGACAGACGCUCAUCGCGGAUCCCCUCGACAGUUCUCUGCAGGAGCACGGAUACUUCGGGGCACUACAUUGAAGAUGGCAUUAUUCAAGGGACAAUUUGUGGAAAAGGAGAUCUUGGUGACAAAGGAAACUCCUGA